AUAUAAAUGCUAACUAGUUGUUCUACAAUUAAAUUAAUAAUAUUUAUUAUUAUAUUACUAUUUAUUAAAAUAUACAUAUAGUUUCACAUCAUUUGUCAACUUUUUAAAAAUAGCAUAUUUGCCUAAGAGAAGACGGCAUAUUUAAUAAUUAUUUUUCUUCUGGUGAAAUGAAGGUUUAACCACAUCUAACAGUUAACGGAGAGUCAGCGGACCUGAUCACGUGGUAUGAUUUGCGCAUGCGCUCAGUGUUCGGGGCAGAUGGAGAGAAGAUGCCCACUGCCAUCAUUCCCGUGUAGUGCAGGAGAGCUGCUAACCGGUCAUAUUUACCGCAGACACCACAGACAGACUGUUGUCUUUCAGCACAGCUGCAUGUUGUAGUCUGACACAAGAAGCUCGAUGUCUGUGGCAAAUGCGAAACACACUGUCCUGAAUCCGGUGAUCCCAUACACAGGGCCCAUACCUGGAGGCCUGCACCCUGGGGAGAUCAUCAUCAUCCAGGGCACUGUGCCCCCAGAUGCUGACCGGUUUCAGUUCGACCUGUCGAGCGGCUGCAGCACCAAGCCGCGCUCUGACGUCGCCCUCCACUUCAGCCCUCGCUUUAAAGACUCGCCCCGUGUGGUGUGUAACUCCCUGCUGCAGGAGAGCUGGGGUAAAGAGGAAACACUCCAUCAGCUGCCCUACAAACGCGGAGCCCCCUUCGAGACCAUCAUCCUGGUGCAUGAAGACGUCUUCAAGGUGGCAGUAAACGGCACUCACCUGCUGGAAUACAAGCACAAAAUCCCACUAAACAGGGUCGAUACAUUUUCUAUUUCUGGGAAUGUCAGGGUGCACGCUAUUGGCUACAUCCCAAACUCCGCAAUAUAUUCAGAAUCAGGUGACUUGAGCCUCCCUUACAAAGGCAGUAUACUGAAAGGACUGAGCCCCGGGCAGCACAUCACAAUCAAAGGACAGGUCAGCAUGUACCCUCACAGUUUUACAGUGAACUUCCGCAACAGCAGGACAGAGAACAUCGCUCUCCAAUUGAACCCUCGCAUGAAGUCGAGUGCGUUCGUCAGGAACUCGUACCUGAGCGAGUCGUGGGGGCAGGAGGAGCGGGAGCUGCCCUUCUUUCCCUUCUCGUCAGGGGAAUACUUUGAGAUUCUCAUCCUCUGUCAGCCUCAUCAGUUCAAGCUGGCAGUGAAUGGAUCACACUUGUUUGAGUUCAGACAUCGGGUGCAGGACCUGAGAAGCAUUGACCAGUUGGAGAUCAUGGGGGACCUGGAGCUCAAUGAUGUGAAACUGUGGUGACUGACUCGGGACUCUAGACUUACACUGAAGCCAGCGUUACAGACACUGUUGUGUUCUGGUUAACGAUGCUAAAUUAGCUUAGACGCAAUGACCCAGACAAUGGAUGCUGAAAACUGCAAACCCUGUGCCGACUUCAGGUCGGGUUAGUCUUGCAGCAACCGCGGGUCACUGAUUUUAAGCUAGUCUAGCAUUUCUGGUGACCAAGGACCAUGGACAGGCCCUACCAUGGAGUAUUCAUGGUCCAUGUUUCCAACCCUGGCUUGACGACUGAUGCAUGAGUUAGCUGUGCCGGAGCGUCAGCCCGUGAGCCACCAUGACUGUUUACAGCUACAAGUUAGGUUUGCCUUGAUUUCUUAUACCGUCUCUAGUGCAUCUCUGCUGUGAUACGCCUUUUAGCGCACUGUACAAAACAGGAAAUGUGUGUAAAUGUUCAUAAGCACUUGGCUUUGUUUAAAUGCCAAGACAGGAGCAAGGCCCAAUAAAGACUCAUUUAUUGUACAGCCAAUAAAAAAAAUCAUCAUUGCUAAAUAAUGAAUGUGUUCAAAAUCAUUUUCAUCCGCAAUUCUGUAUUUUAAUUUAACAGGACGUGCCUACUUAGGGUAUGCGCACUUUUCAGUUUGCUAUAAAAGGUCGUAAUCCUCAGGAUUCACAGAUAACACAGCGUCCCAUGCUCUUGACAUUAAAAUCAAUUUAACAUGUAAAUGGUGCAGCAGAACUCAAGCACAGUGCAGUACAGGGUCCGUUUAAAAUGUAACCAUUUCAAUAACCUAACAAAUGACAUGUUGCAAUCUUUAUGCAAGCUGUAGAAUAUAGUGGAAUCUGUGUCCAUCAUGUCACUGCUCUCACUCAGUGCUGCAAUGAGCAAUGCUCAAAUGAUAUAAAAAAAUUAAUCUGGGAUAUUUUUCCAAUGUCAAUGGUUUUCUUUGCAUUGUCUGUAAUUGUUGUAAAAUAUGGAUGAAAAAUCCCCCUAUGUAUCAUAAAUGAUUUAUUAACAAAUAAAUGUG